AUGGAGCUGAGCCAUCUCCUCAUAGCUACCUGUCUUAUAAGCCUCGUGGCGUUUAUUCUGCUGUCGGGCAGACACUCUCGCGAAAACAAGGAACCUAUCAAUGUGCCUGGACACCCAAUCUUUGGGCAUGUGUCCGGAAUUAUCCGCCAUGGAACGACGUAUCCUGUUCUAUUAGGGCAACAGAACAAUCACCCACCGAUCUACGCAAUACGCAUGUUCGGCCAACGAAUCUAUACAGUCAGCUCACCAGGGCUCGCUAGUAUUGUCAUGAGAAAGCAGAAGCAUCUCGACACCGAAACCCAGUUCAUUAUCACCGUCUUCCAGAAUAUGCUCGGGGCCGAUAAGGCCGCAAUGAGACUAUUGCUAUCGUCCACGAAGCCCGCCGCAAAGAAGGCGCGCACUCCAUUCAGAGAGGAAAUGAGAUCAAUCGAGCACAGGCUUCUGGCAGCUGGUGAGCCCAUGGAAGCUUUUUAUGAGAGCAUGAUAACAGAGGUCGGUCAGAAGAUUGGCCCUUCUGGCCUCGAUAAUUCGGAUACCGCGAUACCUCUGAUGCAUCUACUUGAAGAAGCCCUUAUCACAGCAGCAGGCUCGGCUCUCUAUGGCAAGAACAAUCCCUUUGCUGCGAACCCGAGCCUUGGGAAGGAUUACUGGCUGUACGACUCGCAAAUUUCGCUGUUUCUCCUUAACAUUGUGCCAAAAUACACCGUCCCAAAGGCCUUCAAGGCCCGAGAAAGGCUUGUCACUGCAUUCAGCGCAUAUCACGUCAGGGGAGGGGAGAAGGAUAUGUCGGAUAUUGUUCGCCAACGGUGUGAGGUUGCUUGCAGAUACGGCUGCUCCGACGACUACCUGGGGCGAUCCGAAGUGGAACUGCUCAACGGUCUGCUAAGCAACAUGGUUCCAACAGUAUUCUGGAUGCUGGUUCAUAUCAUCCUAGAUUCUGGAUUAGCAGAACGAGUGAGCAGCGAAGUCGACAAUUUUGUUCAAAAACCCGACCUGGAGGCAUUAAUCCUCGCUCCAGGCGAGAUUCGGAAAGGGUGUCCAGUUCUCGUCGCGACUUAUCAGGAAGCUCUACGUCUAUACUCGUCCUCCGCCCGAGCCUACCAAGUGAUGGAGGACUUUAUGCUCACCGAUGACUGUCUCUUGAAGAAAAACAGCAUCAUCACUAUCCCAGCCGAGACAAUUCACCGCAAUCCUAAAAACUGGGGAUCCGACGCACUGGAAUUCAAUGUUGACCGCUGGUUCAAGUCAGAUCGAACGCUGAAUUCUUCGGCGUGGGUACCAUUCGGUGGAGGCUCUUCAAUUUGUCCCGGUCGCUUUUUUGUCUUUGAUAUGAUAUUGAGUACGGUUAUUGUGAUACUUCAUGGCUAUGACGUAGAGACCCCGGAGACCAAACAACCACCAGGAAAGAAGACUCGCGUUAUGUCUGGUAUCCGCAUUCCUACAGACGACGUUCAUGUUGUCGCGACGAAGAAGCGUCAAGGAAAAGCCAGGAAAUGGCUAAUCAAAAAGAAAACCAAGCAGUCUAACUAG